UUGUUCGAGCGCGGAGCUGCCGAUUUUCAAAAAGUUUUUCAAAAAUAUUGAAAUUUUUACUUGGAAACUCCUUUAAAAAGCUGUUGGUUCUUAGAAAAAUCUAGUUUGAAGUUAUCGGAAGCGGUCACCGGUCGGGAGCUUUUGGGGUUUUCUAAUAAAACCUGAAAGGUAAGCUCGAAUCGAAACUAAUUACUAUUGAAUAAUGGCUGGGGGAGACAAGAAACGACGUUCCCGUUCCCGUGAACGAGUGGGUGGCGGUGGUGGUGAAGGAGGUCGGAUGAUGGGGGACCGGUAUCAGGAACGGGAACGAGAAAGAGACCGGGACCGGUUUGACCGAAUGGAUCGGGAGAGGGAACGGGAACGGGACCGAGACCGGGAUCGGUUUGAUGCUGGCCGGGAUAGAGAACGAGAAAGGGAAAAGGAUCGGGAGAGGGAUCGUGGAGGACGCUCGGAACGACAGUCAACGGGAGAAUCCGGUAGGAAACGGUCAAAGUCGCGGGAACGGGAGAAGGAGACCGACCGGAAAAAGAAGGACGAAAAGGAAAAGAAAGAAGAAGCUGCGGAUGAGGAUAGCGAAGAAGCGAAGGCCAGGGUUAAGAGAGAAUCCCAGAAAAAGGAACCACUUUCGCUGGAAGAGUUGUUGGCUAAGAAGAAAGCGGAAGAGGAAGCUCGUAGCAAACCGGUGUUCAUUACGAAAGAACAAAGGGCAGCGGAAGCUCUUAAGCGGAGACAGGAGGAAGUCGCCGCUAUGAGGGCUGCAUCGGCAAGUGCUGUACCAAAAUUUGGGGAUGUUCCAGUGACUUCUCUUUUGAACAGAGAAAAAAGGGAUCCGCUGGAGAAGUAUGAUCGGCGAGAUAGGGAAAGAGAAAGAGAACGAGAUCGGAUGAGAGAACGAGAAAGGGAAAGAGAUGGAAAGGAUCGUGACAAAGAAGGGGAUGAUAAGCGCAAAUCACUGGGACAAGAAGAAAAUACUACCAAGGAUAAAGAAAAGGAACAGGAAGCUAUCCGGGAAAGGUAUUUGGGGAUUAUCAAAAAGAAACGACGAGUUAGGAGGCUGAACGAUCGGAAGUUCGUUUUCGAUUGGGAUGCCGGUGAGGAUACGUCGAUUGAUUACAACAAUUUGUACAAGGAACGACAUCACGUGCAGUUCUUCGGCCGCGGGAAUAUAGCCGGUAUCGAUAUCAAAGAGCAGAAGAAAAAGCAAAGUCGAUUCUAUGGCGAUCUUCUGGAAAAACGUCGAACCGAAGCAGAGAAAGAACAAGAGAAGGUCCGGUUGAAGAAAGUCAAGAAGAAGGAAGAGAAACAGAAAUGGGACGAUCGUCACUGGUCCGAAAAGGAAUGUAAUGAAAUGACCGAGCGAGAUUGGCGUAUUUUUAGAGAAGAUUACAAUAUCACUAUCAAGGGCGGCAAAAUUCCGAAUCCAUUCCGUAACUGGAAGGAGUCUGGCUUUCCGAAAGAAAUCUUGGAAAUCAUCGACAAAGUCGGCUACAAAGAUCCGACUCCAAUUCAGAGGCAAGCCAUCCCUAUCGGUUUGCAGAACAGAGAUAUUAUUGGUAUCGCCGAAACCGGUUCCGGUAAGACGUUGGCUUUCCUGAUUCCACUAUUGACUUGGAUUCAAUCGCUCCCGAAAAUGGCUCGCCUCGAAACGGCCGAUCAAGGUCCUUAUGCAAUCAUUAUGGCUCCUACCCGUGAGUUGGCGCAGCAAAUCGAGGAAGAAACACUGAAGUUCGGCACACCUCUGGGAAUCCGAACCGUCGUCGUCGUUGGAGGUUUGUCCCGAGAAGAGCAAGGCUUCCGACUUCGAUUGGGUUGUGAAAUUGUCAUCGCCACACCAGGUCGUUUGAUUGAUGUGCUUGAAAACAGAUAUCUUGUCCUUAAUCAAUGUACCUACAUCGUCUUGGACGAAGCUGAUCGGAUGAUAGACAUGGGUUUCGAACCUGACGUCCAGAAAAUCUUGGAAUACAUGCCUGUAACCAAUCUUAAACCGGACACUGAAGAAGCAGAAGACGCUUCCAAAUUGAUGGAAAACUUCAACACCAAGAAAAAAUAUCGCCAAACGGUGAUGUUCACCGCUACUAUGCCUCCGGCCGUUGAACGAUUAGCUCGAACCUAUCUGCGUCGUCCUGCAACCGUAUACAUUGGUUCCGUGGGUAAACCAACCGAAAGAACCGAGCAAAUCAUCCACAUCGUCUCCGAAGGCGAAAAACGCAAAAAGCUCAUGGAAAUCCUUUCCCGAGGAGUCGAGCCACCCUGUAUCAUUUUCGUCAACCAAAAGAAGGGUGCCGACGUCCUUGCCAAAGGUCUGGAGAAACUCGGCUACAACGCUUGUACCCUGCACGGUGGCAAAGGCCAAGAACAGCGAGAGUACGCCCUGGCAUCGCUCAAAAACGGUUCCAAGGAUAUCCUCGUCGCAACCGACGUGGCCGGUCGUGGUAUCGAUAUCAAGGACGUGUCGUUGGUCAUCAAUUACGAUAUGGCCAAAUCGAUCGAGGACUACACCCAUCGUAUUGGUCGUACUGGUCGUGCCGGUAAGACCGGUUGCGCCAUCUCGUUCUGCACCAAGGAUGACAGUCAUCUGUUCUACGAUCUAAAGCAGGUCAUUCUGGCCAGUCCGGUUUCGGUUUGUCCACCGGAGCUGAUGAAUCAUCCGGAUGCGCAGCACAAACCGGGCACCGUGGUCACCAAGAAACGGCGGGAGGAGAAAAUAUUUGCCUAAGCUACAGAGUGAAAUUGUUCCGACUAGAAGAAGCUUAAUAAAACUGAUAACAUUAA